AUGGGCGGGAUGCAACAGAAGAAGGCAGGCAAGAAAGCUACAGAGGCUGGAAAGCGUUUCCAGGAGACCGCUACCGUCGCCACCCGCCAGAUGCAAGAGUCCGCAAAGAAUGCCAACAUUUCCUCCCCUAUCCCCGACACCAAUGCUGCGGAGGACCUGAAGAAGGCCGCUCACCUCCUCAGCGGGUUUGUCGACAAGGAAGAGAACGAGGCCGGAUUCGACAACAUCAUCCCUCCCGAGAUCCUUCGCAAGGCCCGUGGCUUGGCUAUCUACACCGUCGUCAAAGCCGGCUUUAUUGUUAGCGCGCGUGGAGGCAGUGGUGUGGUCGUUGUCAGGAACCAGGAUAACCAAUGGUCUGCACCCAGCUUCAUUGCCACAGGAGGCGUUGGCUUUGGUGCCUUGGCUGGAGCAGAUAUCACCGACAUUGUCCUGGUCCUCAUGACGGACGAGGCUGUCGAGACUACGUUUGUCCAGGGCGGCAGUGUGACCCUCGGCGGUGGAUUGUCUGUCAGCGCUGGCCCUGUCGGUGUCGGCGGCGAGGUUGGAAUGUCAGCCAACACUCAGACCACGAGCACGUCGUCGAUCUACUCGUACACAAAGUCCAAGGGUCUCUUUGCCGGAGUCUCGAUCGAGGGCACUGUGCUGUUGGAGCGCAAGGAGGCCAAUGCCGCCUUCUACGGACGCGCCAUCUCUGCCGCCGAGAUUCUCCGUACCAUUCCCCAGCCUCCCGAGGCCCUGGAGCUCUACACUGUGAUCGAGAAGGGACUCAGCCGCGAGCUCUAG